AUGGAUAUUACAACACUACCAUUUCAAAAAGUAUUAUCAGAAGAAGAAUCAAGGAAUUUGGAAACUGUUGAUGUUUAUAUAUCAGAUGUUGAGCCCAAAGAAACGAGUCAAGUUUUAAAAUUUAUACAAGAAAAUUGUCCACAAUCUAAAACUUUAUGUCACGUUAAAAGAAUAAAAAAAACCAUUCAUUCUGAUGGAAAAGGGUUCACAUUAAGUGUGCUUAUAUGCUUAACUUUUUCUAUAUCAAUAAAUGAUUUAAAAUUAUUGAUUAAAAAACAAAAUCUUGACUCAAUCCUGAAUCCACGAGUACAUCAAAUCUCCAAAUAUCCACCUAUCACAAGAGCUCAGUUUGAAGAAUGGAAAAAAUUAUGGCCCAUAAACUUCCAUGAAGAUCUAAGAAGAGAACCAAAUUUUACAUCAGAAGAAAUAGAAACCCUUAAAAGCCACAUGAUAAGAGCUAUUAAGUUAGCAGAAAUGGCAAAAUCCUAUGGGGAGAUAGCAGUAGGUUGUGUAAUUGCAGAUUCAAAAAAUGGAAGAGUUCUAUCUGAAUCAUAUGACAAAAGAACUUCAUCGAAACAUCCACUUAGACAUGCUACCCUUAAUUGUAUAGAUGAAUUAUCAAUUCCAGAGAGAACGUCAAUUCCAGCAACGAGUAAUUUUAUAAUACCGAACAAGAGAAAAGCUGAGGAUAAUGAUCAAACUUAUUUAUGCAAAGGAUAUGAUAUAUUUGUUACUCAUGAACCUUGCAUAAUGUGUUCCAUGGCUCUAGUUCAUUCACGAGUUAAUCGCGUUUUUUAUGGAAGGUCAAAUAAUUUGUCAGGAGGUUUGGGUUCUUGUUAUAAAAUUCAUACUCACGAGGCAUUGAAUCAUCAUUUUAAAACUUAUAAAGGAUUUUUAGAAGAUCAGAUUGAAAUGCUUGAAAUUGAUUGUUGA